UCGCUGGCCUCUAUAGAUGUACACAGCUUUCCACAUGGCCCGCUGUCCCAGGAGGGCCCCCAUUUGCACCGGGACUGUGGACUGAGCACACACCACCUACAAAUGACCUCUUCAUAAAAUACAAAGUUGUGCAGAAGUGGAAGAGAACCAGACCCCCGAGUGUGCUGCAGGGUGAAGAAUACCAUGUUGUCUCGCUGUGCACUCAGUGUGUGCCAUGUGUUUGUGCUGGUGCUGUGUGUGUCUGCGACUGAGGACUUCGACUGGACAAAGAACGACCACGGCUCCUUCUAUUAUGGCACUUUUCCAACUGGAUUUUCGUGGGGUGCCGGCAGUUCAGCCUAUCAAACAGAAGGAGCCUGGGAUAAGGAUGGAAAAGGACUGAGUAUUUGGGAUAUAUUCAGUCAUAAGAAAGGCAAAAUUCAACUCAAUGAGACAGGGGAUUCGUCUUGUGACGGCUACUACAAAGUAAAGGAUGAUGUCGCUUUGAUGAAGGAGCUCAAGUUGAAUCACUAUCGCUUUUCCAUUUCUUGGCCUCGACUCAUUCCCACUGGUAUUAAAUCUGAUCAGAUCAGUGAAAGAGGAAUUCAGUACUAUGAUGAUCUCCUUGACCACCUGCUGGGAAACAAGAUCACUCCCAUUGUCACUUUGUAUCACUGGGAUCUCCCACAGGUAUUGCAAGAGAGAUAUGGCGGGUGGCAGAAUAUAACCAUGGUCAAUCAUUUCAAUGACUUUGCAAGCUUGUGCUUUGAGAGAUUUGGCAACCGAGUAAAAUACUGGAUUACAUUCAGCAAUCCAUGGUCUGUAGCAGUGGAAGGCUAUGAAACAGGUGAGCACGCUCCUGGACUGCGGACGAGAGGAACUGGAGCAUACCGCGCUGCCCAUCACAUUAUUAAGGCUCACGCUAAAGUGUGGCAUACCUAUGACACACAGUGGAGGGCAAAACAAAAAGGUCUUGUCGGCAUCUCCCUGACUGCAGACUGGGGAGAGCCUGUAGAUAUUAGCAACCAGAAGGACAUCGAAGCCGCUGAGCGAUAUGUCCAGUUCUCACUUGGCUGGUUUGCAACACCUAUCUUUCAUGGAGACUACCCUCAAGUGAUGAAAGACUUUAUCGGCAAGAAAAGCAUCCAGCAGGGUCUUGGGACAUCUCGUUUGCCCUCAUUCUCCCCCCAGGAGAAGAGCUACAUCAAAGGCACCUGUGACUUCCUGGGCAUUGGUCACUUCACCACACGUUACAUCACCCAGAAGACUAACCCAUCAGGCCGCGGUACAAGCAGCUACUUCAUGGACCGUGACUUGGCUGAACUGGUUGACCCCCAGUGGCCUGACCCUGGCUCUGAGUGGCUCUAUUCUGUGCCGUGGGGUUUCAGACGACUGCUCAAUUUUGUUAAGACUCAGUAUGCAAACCCAAUGAUUUAUGUGACAGAGAAUGGAGUCUCUGAGAGGAUGCAAUGCACAGAGCUGUGUGAUGACUGGAGGAUACAGUAUUAUAAAGACUACAUCAACGAGAUGCUCAAAGCUGUCAGAGAUGGAGUCAAUGUCAAAGGUUAUACCGCAUGGUCCCUGCUAGACAAGUUUGAGUGGGAUGAAGGCUUCACUGAGAGAUUUGGCUUGUAUUAUGUGGACUUCAGAAACAAAAACAAGCCUCGUUAUCCCAAAUCUUCAGUUCAGUUUUACAAGCGCAUCAUCACCUCCAAUGGAUUUCCCAACCAGAGAGAGGUUGAGAACUGGAGGAGAAAGGCUGUUGAGACCUGCUCAUCCAGCAACCAGCUCCUUGCUGCAGAGGAACAGCGGAGUACUGCUGCCAAUAUUCUAAGACUUAUACAUGACCCUCUGACAAGUCACAUGGAGAUGGUAACGGAGAUUGUUGUUCCAACUGUGUGCACACUCUCCAUUUUACUGAGUGCCAUCUUCCUCAUGUUCCUGCUGCAAAGGCGGAACUAACAGAGAAAUGCUAACUCGUGCACAAUGAUAUCUGUGAGAAGAUGCGAGUGUACGGUACUGUUUAUAAUCUACCAUCUGAUACCGGUGCUAGUCAGUACUUUUGAAACGGUUCCUGAACCAGUACUUAAAGGAAAACUAAUUGUGUCCAAAAAAACAAAACACCUUUUUUAUUUGUAUACAAAUUUGUGACAUACAAGUUGAACAGAGACUAGUCCAAGGUAUACCCUGCCUCUUACCCAAAGCAAGCUGGGAUAGGCUCCAGCACACCCCUGCAACCCUUGUGAGGAUAACCUGCAUUGAAAAUAAUGGGGAGUAGAACAGAAUAUUAGUACUUCAAUAAUUCAGAUACUAUUAUAACCAAGUUGUAAAAAAAAAGUAGCAACUACAAUUUUACCACCAAAAGGACGCAUUGAUAUCUGCUUAGAUUUUUGGUCUGGUUAGUAUCAUUUACAUAGGCACCUGUGUCAUUAAAAAGGUACCACGUAUCAUCCCUACAAGACGCACACACAUUUAUUUUUCAGGUAUUUAAUGAAUUGUGUGUGUGUGUUGAGUGUGAACAUAAAUACAAUAAACUAUUUGGAUUUAAUUUUAUUUUGAUGUGUAAACAGUUGUAACAUUUUGAAUUUUCUCAUUAAAAUAUUGCUGUGAAAAAUAUCUUGUUUUAAACAUUGUACAAGUUGCAAGGGAGCAUAAAUAAACCUCACUGAACCUCAAAGAUUUGUGGUUCUACACACAUGGACAAAAUUGUUGGUACCCCUCAGUUAAUGAAAUAAAAAAAAAAUGGUCACUCGCAUCACUUCAAAAUUAACAAAAGUAAUAAAUAAAAAAAUAUUGAAAAUUAAACAAGCAAUCAGCCAUCACUUUUGAAUGGUUGAUUAACAUAAUUAUUUAAAUAAACUAAUGAAACAGGCCUGGACAAAAAUGAUGGUACCUCUUCGAAAGAUUGAAAACAAUUUGACCAGAGUCACAUUAUCUCAGGUGUGUCCUUUAACUGACAUCACAGGGGUCUUCAAACAGUGUGCUGUUUGGUGACAAGGUGUGUACGACACUGAACAUGGUCGCAUGUACGCGUGUGUACUUACACCAUUACCGUGUAGAUUCAUUCAAAGUUGACAAGGCUGCAGCAUACCAAAGUGGAGAAAUAGACAGCUUCCACACUGUCCUCGAUCGCUGUUUCAGUGGGAUGAUUAACAAAUGAAAGAGUUUAAAAGUUAAAGCCACUUUUAGUAUUUGCAGCAUGGAAUGGACAAUGCUCACCUGUUUCAAAGAUUACAUGAUCCACCGGUGGUCUGUCGCUGAUCUGUAACACUGUCUUGACUUCACAAGGACCAUGUCCACUCGACACUUCCAGUCCCCACACAACUGGAUUCACUCUGUGGAAAAACAUGCACAGGACAAGUCCUAUGAUAUACGACUCUCUCCAGGUACUACGGUACAUGUAUUAAAAAAAUAAAGUGACUAUAAUAUAUUAGAAACAACUCUCAUGAUGCCACAGAGUCAGGGUCACAAGUAAGCUAGAGUUUAGUUUUAGUUUGCUGUAGGUUGCAGCUGCAAUAGUAGCU